AUGUACUCAGUGAAAGCGACGGAAAUGUCAACAAACCUAUUCAACUGUAGCAAUGUCAUGCUUCGAAAUCAUUACAUAGUUACUGUAAAUGUGGAUAAGUUUGCACAGAAAGCAAUUGGGGUAUAUUAUGCACUUCUUAUCAUAAUUGAAUCACUUCUUUUUGCUACUUUGUUGGUUGUUCAUUUCAAGAUUAGGAAAGGAUGUCAUCCAUUUUUUGGAGGCUGUGUUGUGUCAGCUGUUGUCACAGUUAUAAUUAUCGGGGGAUGCAUUGGGCUCUAUUUUCUGAAUCGAAAUCUAACACUCAAAUAUCAGAAAGAUUUGACUUUCAUGGGAAAAGUGUCGUUGUCUAUGAGAUAUCAGAUUAUAGAGAACAUGAUAGUUGUAAGAAAAGCAUUGCUUCCGGUAAUUGUGCUGGAUAGUUUAGUCACUUUGGUGGAUUCUUUUAGCAGCCAACUGACAACAAGAAUAGAAGAAAAUGAUGACUCAACAUGUCAUUCACUAAUGAAAUAUGCACCUUAUAUUGCACUAAAUCAUUUGGCAAUGGUUCUCGAAUACAGUAUCCCUUUAUAUAUGCUAUUCAGAAGAGCUUAUAGAAGACAACUGCCAGAUGUUUGUCGCAAACUCCGAUUAUCCACUCGUAUCCAACAAUCACGAGACAGUAUGAUUCAAAAUGUGUUUGGUCGAGAGCUAAACGUAAUUCCAACUCAAAACGAAUACUUCGAAAAUCUGCAAAAAGAAUGGAAAUAA